UCUCCACCACCGCGGCCCUGGCGCCCAACUCGGCCGCUCGCCGCGCGCUGGCCAGUCCACCCGAGCCGCCCCCGAUCACCAGGGGAGGAAGCAAACGGAAGGGGCGGGUGUUUCCACCGGACGCAAGUCGCCAGCCACCAUGGCUUCUCGUGGGGUCGUCGGUAUUUUCAUCCUGUCUGCGCUCCCCCUUUUGUGCCUGGAGGUCCGGCGUGGGAUCCCGGAUCUAGGAAUUAAAGACCUAAUUUUGCUAUGUGGCCGGAUCUUCUUACUGCUUGCGCUUCUAACUUUAAUUAUUUCUGUGACUACCUCAUGGCUUAACUCAUGUAAAUCUUCCCAACUUUAUCUGAAAGAAGAAGAAGAGAAGAAUGAGAAAAGGCAAAAACUUGUGAGAAAAAAGCAGCAAGAGGCACAAGGUGAAAAGGCCAGCAGAUACAUAGAGAAUGUUUUAAAACCACACCAGGAAAUGAAGUUGAGAAAAUUGGAAGAACACUUUUAUCAGAUGACUGGUGAAACCUGGAAGUUAAGCAGUGGCCAUAAACUUGGGGGUGAUGAAGAUUUGGUGCUUGAAACUGGAGAUAAGACAUCUUUCGAAACCUCAAACAGAGAAGCAGCAAGGAGACGGACCUUGCCUAAGCCUUUAACCAAACUUUCACCACCUGCUGAACAGCCCAGGCAGAAGGAGGUUCUUGAUUUACCUGGAGAACCUCCUGAAUCAGCUGAAGAUGUAGUUACUGUUGCUCUUCGGUGUCCAAGUGGAAGAGUCAUAAAGAGACAGUUUUUUAAAUCUUGCAGCUCACAGGUCUUAUUUAACUGGAUGAUGAAAAUCGGGUACCACACAUCCCUAUACAGCCUUUCUACUUCUUUUCCCAGAAGGCCUCUAGAGCUGGAAGGAGGUUUAUCACUGCAGGACAUAGGAAUAACUGUGGAUACUGUUCUCAAUGUAGAAGAGAAAGAGCAGAGCAACUAAUCAAGAAAUGAGAACUACCUGUUCUACAUAAUAUCGGUUAUGCCAUGAACUUACAGGACAAUAAAGGAUUCACAUUGAAAUCAUGCCAUACGUUGAUUGAACUCAAGGCAGUAAAAACUUUAAUAUUGGUGUCCAUGGGGAUAACAAUAUGGACAUAAAGGACUGGAAAAGAAUUGCUCUCUACAUGUUUUUUGGUAACAUGUUUUUUGGUAACAUGUCAUCUUACAAUGUACCAAAUGAGAACAAGGUAUUAAUGUAUACAGUAACAUUCAAUAAUUUAUACUUUUCCUAGGUGACAUCAUUUAACAGUAGGCUGAAAACAAAGUCAUAUUGACUAGUUUCUGCCUUUUUAGUCCAUUACAAUAUAAUCAAACUCAAGUCUAAAAAUAGUAGGAAUUUUAUUCUGCUGGCCUACACCUUGACUGUAACCUAAAAAAAAAGACCUUGGGUCAGAUUACAUAGCUAAGCCCCUCCUAGAUUCUGGCCCACAGAAAAUUGUGGGGAAUAAUGUUUUUAGCUAUUACGUUUUGGGGAAAUUUGUACAGGAAACUAGUAUAGGAAACAUUCAGGGCUGUUCCCCAACCAGAAGUCCUUAGAAAUGACUCUGUUUUCUGGUAUAUUCUUUAGUUCUACUAGCUAUUGCUAUCUCUAAUCAGGGAUCCUUUCAAAGACUCAGUAAGCUUCCAUCCACCUUUCUAUGACAGACUUAAUUGCAAA